AUGUAUUUUGUCCGAAAUUUGUUGACAGUACAUUGUGAAGGUUUGAGAAAAAAUAAGUUAAGAUCCAACAGUUUAAGUAAAUUUCUACUUAGCAAAGGCUGUCCCCCCGUUUUCUAUCUCGCCUUUUCUUCUUUCCGUGCAAAUAUUGCUACACGAGGAAGAUAUAUAAACGUGUCUAACUUUAUAUCAACCAUUAUAUUCAGUUGCACCUGCAUUGGAAAAAACAUGAAAGUGAAACUCUUUAUUACUUUAGCAUGUGCAGCCAUGCUGCAUGACUCGCAUGCAUGGGUUCGAGAAAUGGAAAACCCAAAUCUGUACCAAGGUGAUAUGGUUUUAAGGCCAGAUCAAAAAGAAGUUCUCAAAAAUGGAGGAAGUGCUUUUGCUUCUAUAAUCGGAUACAGAUGGCCAAAUGGCGUGGUACCUUACGUUGUCACGAAUGGAAUUGGCAACGAUGGCAAGAAGGCUGUUGCAGAUGCGAUUGCAGACUACCACGAAUUCACGUGCUUAAAAUUCGUGAAAAGAACCAAUCAACGAGAAUACAUUAAAUUUGUUGGUCACGGAGGGUGUUCAUCACCAGUGGGAUAUAACAAUCCGGAGUUUACAAACAAUGGUGUCAAUGAGAUCACACUCGGUAUAGGUUGUCGCAGCAAAGGCACAACGAUGCACGAAAUUGGACAUUCUAUUGGUUUGUAUCACGAACAGAGUCGACCAGACAGAGACCAGCAUGUUCACAUUUUGACGCGUAAUGUAUACGACCAAAAUAUGGUAUUUAAUUUCAACAAAUUACCGCGAAACAAAAUAGAUAGUCUUGGUACCACUUACGACUACGCUUCGAUGAUGCAUUACUCCCGACAGGCAUUUGGUUGCGACAGAUACGGCAGAAACUGUAAGGACACAAUUCGAACGAUUGAUGGCAGCAAACAAAAUGUGAUUGGCAACAGGAAUGGUUUCAGUGAAGGCGAUAUUGCUCAGAUCAACAAAAUGUAUAACUGUAAAAAGACCAACGGAGGAGGAGCCACUGUUUGCACAGAUUCAAAUGAGAAUUGUGGAUACUGGGCAGUCAAUGGAGAGUGCACCAUAAAUCCGAAUUACAUGUUGAUAAACUGCAAAAGAAGUUGUCGAGAUGUACUGGGUGAUAAAGACAAAAAUUGCGCAUAUUGGGCAGGCAAGGGAGAGUGUCAAUCCAAUCCGACCUAUAUGCUGGUGAACUGCAAGAAGAGUUGUAAUGUUUGUUAAACAAGAAAAGAAAACAGCAAAAUUAUUAUCA